CACGCACGCACAGUACACACACCACACAGAACACACCCUUCCGCCAUCCUCCUCCCCCUCCUCCUCCUCCUCCUCGUCUCCUCUCCACGGCUGGCUUCAUCCUCCUCCACGAUGAACGGCUCAUUCGAAGCUGCUUCUCACCUCGAGCGAGCCAUCCGCGCCGGACUCGAGGAUCAGUCCGACUCCUCCCUCUCCGCACCAGGCCUCGCAAGACGAGCAAAGUCGGCCUCCCUCAGCUUCGCAACGGACGAAGGCAGCGAUGAGGGCCAUACAGGGCAGUCCUAUCAGCCAUCCACGAAUCGCAUCUUGGACCACCUCUCCGAGUACGACAGUGGCGCAUUCGCUGGCAGGACACCCACCGCAAGGCGCAUGGUCACGGCCACCCAAAACAUCACCAGCCAUAAGCAACAGCAGCAACGACCCUAUUCAUCCCCGUCUCAGCCCCUCACAUCCUCACGCAAUUCGGCACGGCGGAUUAACAAGCCUGCCCAGUAUGCAGAAGAGGAUGAAGACUCACGCGACGAUUCCAUGCUACCACCCCCCAAGGCAACAGACUCACGCUCCUCUUCCCUCUCCAGUAGCGAGUCUGGCAUGAGGACCACUGCGAGGGACAUCUCGCAUGGUUCUGCUCCCCUCACGUCCACUCCUCAGCGGAGCGCAGCAGCCCAAAGGUCCAGGGACGCUACCAGCUUCUAUUCACAGCGUAGCAAUGGCGAUCCCACCACAGGCCGCCUCAACCUCGCCAAGCGGGCAGCCCAAAGUGCCGCUCGCGAUGCCUCCACUCGAAGCUUAGGUAGACGAAGCGAUGCUGCCCGCAGUGAAGGAGAGGGAAGCCAUACACCUUGGGGCUCUGCCAAAGAAACCCAAACAGGUCUUGUCCGAACAGUGGACGAGAACCACGAUGAUCAUACCGGCAGAAGUGCAGCUCUUUCAGACGGACGUGACCUGAGCAUCAACACCAUCGAAGAGGCCGACUCAGCUGACCAGACCCGCCAAAGCGAGGAGCUCACUGGAGGCGGUGUCCCAGAACAAGAUGCUUCCCGGCCGGAACACACUCAGGCCGACUCGAUUGGACAGACCAGCCAGAUGCACACCUCGGACAUCCGGCCUGUCCACCAAGCGGGGACCGAGGCUGACAUCACCUCAGCAAAUCCGGACGAGCCAACACAAGACAAUCAAUCGCAGUCUCACAAUCCUUUCGCUCGCUCAGGAGUCGACGCUGUGAAUGAAACUGAGAAUGUAACAGUCGAAGCUACCCGCGACAGCGCACCUGAGACUUCGCCAUCGGCAGCGCGAGCUGCUCGCCAAGCUCUGCCACCUCUCGCUGCUACACCGUCGUACAGUCAAUCUCGCGCUCCCUUUUCCAUGGCGACUCCAAGACCUGCAGUGGAUCAGCGCAAAAUGCAGAACUAUCUCUUGAGCGUGGUCAAGGACCCAGCGCGAGAGCAGAAGAUUCAAAAGUCAGUCAAGCGGAUGCGAGCUCAACGAAUCCCACUUGACCAAAUUCAGAGCGAGGAGAGUAGCAUGGACCGUAGCGGACCUCAAGCUCCUGUCGGUCGUGAUUCGACACCACUCAGUAGCGCCAUGGCCACCCCUCUUCAUCGAAUGGACCGGCUAGGUCGGCCUAUGACCAUCGGCGCUGGUCGGACCCCGCUCCCACCUUUCCGACCCUCCGGUCUCGCAAACCAAUACUCUGCAGACGACAGCCGGUCUCAAGCCUCCGAUCAGUCGUCGGUCCAUGACUUGGUCGGGCCAAGUCGCUGGGAAAACAAGUCUGAGCCUGGAACAGUUGCGAGGGAAGGCAAAGUUAUCGAAGCCGGUCUGCGAGUGGAUGGGAACAGACUAGAUCGUCACUUGCAUCGAGUCAAUGCUGAGCUCUCCAAGGAGAAUGAUCGUCUUGCCGAUGAAAAUGCUGCCAAACAAGGUGAAGUAGAGACGCUCAGAAGACAACUCAAUACAGCAUUGAGGGAGAAGGAGAUGCUAGUGCGGCAGAGCCAAGCUUCGGAUGGACGCUUGUCGCCAGCUAGCGUGCCCUUACCGCCUAGUCCCGCUCCAGACAGCGCCAAGGGCCACUCAGAGGAUGCAGAGGCUCUUGCAUCCGCUCAGGAAAAGAUCACCGAGCUCGAAGGCCACAAGGAGCAACUCAACGAUAUGCUCGACGAGCUUGAGGAGCAAUUCUUGCAACUGCAGACGGAGAAUGACCAAUUGAAGCAGGGCAAGACAUCCUCAAAGCAGCAAGACGACGGUCGUGAAGAUCAGACAGCUGCUACUGCCACAGACGAAGCCGACGUCAAAGCCCAGCUUGAAGAAGCCAUUCGGGAGCUUGACCUGCUCGAUCAAGAUUACCAAGACAAGGAGCAAGAGUGUCAGCAACUGCAGGAAGCCUUCGAGGAAGCCAAGGAGUUUGCUCUUCAAGAAUGCCAGAAGGCCGAAGAGGAGCGCGAUCGAGCACUCAAAACAGCUGCAGACCGAGAGAAAGAGAUUCGUGACCUUUGCGAACAGAUUGGAGAGCUGGAAACCAAUCUGCAGCGACUGCGCCAGGAGAAGGUUGAGCAGUCGGACGACCAGGCCGCCACAGUCGAGAGCGAGAAGCUCAGAGAUGAGGUUGCCAAGCUGCAGAAGGAGCUUGCUGCAGCUCAAAAGGAGCUCGAGGCGGCUCACGAGGAGCACGAUAAUGUCAGGGAAGAGCUCGAGGCUGCACUGGAAGGAAACGAGCUUCAAUUGCAAGACCUGGAGAAGGAGAAGGCAUUAGUCGACGAGGACCUUCGACAGGCUGUGCAAGAGGCGGCCAAUCUCAAGGAUAAUCUCGACCGUCAGGUCAUCACGGUCAGCGAAAAAGAGAAUGAGAUCCUCAAGCUCACUCGGCGGGGACGCAACGACGAUGCUGCAGUGCAGCGGCUCGCUGAGCUGGAAGCUUCUCUGGAGGCGGCUCGACACGAAGCAGCCUCGAGCAAAGACAAGCUGGCGUCGAUGGUCAGCAGGAGCGAGCAUGACAAGGAGUUGAAGCUCAGGCAGGAAGAGAUCGAUCUCCUCAGGAAGCAGAAGACAGACAUUGAGGCUCGCCUCGAGGACUACAAACAGCAGGCCAGCAAUUUGAGCCUCAGUCCCGGUGGAGGGCAGCCGAACUCUUCCAUGCUGAAGACUCCAGGCAUGCACAAGGCUCUACUCAAUCUUCGUACGCCUAUACGUACACCCCAGUCACCAGGUCAGCUCUCUGCCGCAUCAUGGCUCAACGACUCGACUAUUGGUAACGAGAGCGCUGUCAUGCACAUCCAAGAGCUGCAGCGGCUGCUUGAUGAGGCCAAUGUCAAGAUCGAUGAAAAGCUUGCCGAGAUCGAUAGGCAGGGUCUCAGCCAUCUGACGGUGACCAGGCGACUUCUAGAAGCUCAUCAGCGCAUUGAAGAGCUUGAAGCUGAAUUGGCCAGGCUUCUUGGCAGUGGUGGGGAGCUGCAUGUCAUUGACCGUCGACUCAAGAGCAUUCGUUGCACCUCUUGCAAAAUCACAUUCGACGCUAGCAAGCAAGUUCAGGCAAAGUCCUUCGCAAAGAAUAACGCUGAUGACGAGAGUUUUGCGGAUGUGACUGUCACGUCCCACACUGUCGGACAAGGCGACAAGAAGGGCAUGGCCAAGAGCGCGCGCUCACGGCAGCGCGAUCAAGCACUGGCCGACUUUGUUGCAAAGGUGCCUAUUCUGACUGCUCGCCUUGCUCAGGUUGAAGAGGAGAACCGAAAGCUGCGAGAGGGCGCUGCUGCAAAGGGCAGCGCUGGGAAGAACAAUGCAAGGAGCGAUGCUCGAGCUACAGACGCGGCCAAGAAUCUGCAAAAGGCUACGCAGUUUGAGAUUGAGAAGGCGCGCGCUGCAAUUGUCGAUUUGGACUCUGAGCUCCAAGAGGAGAGGAAGCGACUUCCCGAGCUCGCACGCGACUCCAAGGUAUUUGGCGAUCUCACCUCUAGUGCAGAGCGGGAUCUUGCCAGGACGGAGCUUCGCUUGCGCAACAUCGAGGUCGAGCUACGACGCAAGGUGGAAGACCAUGGUGAGCUGUACAAGGAGCUGCUCGAGAAGUCUUCUGUCGGCAGUGAUGUGCCUGUGCAGCUUCAAGUGCUGCAAGCCCAGGUCCGACAGACGGCCAUGGACGUAGAGCAUCUACGGGACGACCGCAACGCCGUCCUGGAAGCGAGGGAAGAGCUGCACGACAAGUUCCGCAACGCCAGCGAAAAGUACCUCACCAUCCAGACGGAGUUGACCACGUGUCGUCAAGCAGUCCUCUCGCAUGCCUCUCAGCUGGAUGAGCAGACGCAGAAGAUUGAGGAACUCCACGCUACACUCAAGGAGCAACAUCGCGCCAUGCAGCGCGUCGCGGGGGAGCGGGAUCGACUGUACGCGCAGAGGGAGGGGAUCAUCAAUGACGUCUCUUCCCUCGAGGCGGACCUUCGUCGAGUACGUGUGGAAUCGCAGGCAUUCGGUAGGGAUCUGGAGAGACUGCGCAAGGAGCGAGACGAGCAGAAGCGCAGGGCUGAAUUGGCACGGGAGACGUCCAUGAGUAUCACUGCCGAGGCGCAGGAGACUAUCAGUGUCCUCAAGGAGCGUCUGGACCAAGCACGACGCAUGAUUCGUCAAGUCGAGCUUAGCCAGACCGCCGAAGGCGCCCAGGCGGACACACAAGCGCUCAGGGAGAAGCACGAGCGCGAGUGCAAAGGUCUCCUUCUCCAUGCACGCUACCUCAAGACGAAGUUCAUGCGCGAAUCGGACCUACGUGCUGAUCUGGCCUUCCAAAAGAAGUACCUUCUGCAGAUCCUUGGCGGCUUGGACAUGAGCGAGAGGGAGACGGUACGAUUCCUCAGCGAUCUGGAGCGCAGUCGUGGGCGUGUGAGUGCUGGCAACCGCACCGUUGGUGGUGGUGGUGGAAGUGCACCCAGACGCUCCCCUGCCACGCAGGCAAAGUGGAAGAAGGUGAGCACAGCAGUCCUCGCCGUGGCUAGGAUGAAGCUGAUGGCAGAAAGGUGGCAAGAGACGCGCAAGGUCAAGGAGGCGCUGCUGGGUGCUCAUGAGGCGGUGAAACUUGCGCGGGCUGAGAAGGAGAGGGAGAAUGCGAGGAGUGGUGGUGAGGAGGAAAAAGAGAGGAUGCUCUACCACAAGGUUGCUGCUUGAUAAGUGGGUGAGCUGAGGGAGGGGCCAAUUCUUUUUGCAUCGCUUCUUUUGUUCGUUUGUUUGUUUUGGUUUCGCUAUACCCGCAUAUACCUUGUUUGUCUACUACACGAUACUCUGUCGUCUCUCAAUCGACACUUCUCAAUGCAUCCCUCAAUCAGGCAGCAGACGAACGGACAAUAGAUGUGCGAAGAGUUAUCUAUGCUUGAGCGCCAGCGCUACACUC